UUCCCGCUGGGUUCCCGAGUCUGUGGAGGUGCUGGGAUCUGUUGGGAUCGGCUGGGAUCGGCUGGGAUCCGCUGGGGUUGUGCCGGGAGCGUCCUGGCGCUCGGUGGGAGCCGGAAAUCCCGGUUUGGCCCGGGUUUCUGUGGGGAUGGGAGGCCUGGGUUGGCCUGUUAUCCCAAGUUAUCCGGGGUUGUUAUCCCAAGUUAUCCGGGGUUGUUAUCCCAAGUUAUCCAGGGUUGUUAUCCCAAAUUAUCCGGGGUUGUUAUCCCGAAUUAUCUGGGAUUGUUAUCCCCAGUUAUCCAGGGUUGUUAUCCUGAAUUAUCCGGGGUUGUUAUCCCGAAUUAUCUGGGAUUGUUAUCCCGAAUUAUCUGGGAUUGUUAUCCCCAGUUAUCCGGGGUUGUUAUCCCAAGUUAUCCGGGGUUGUUAUCCCAAAUUAUCCAGGGUUGUUAUCCCGAAUUAUCUGGGAUUGUUAUCCCAAGUUAUCCAGGGUUGUUAUCCCAAGUUAUCCGGGGUUGUUAUCCCGAAUUAUCUGGGAUUGUUAUCCCAAGUUAUCCAGGGUUGUUAUCCCGAGUUAUCCGGGGUUGUUAUCCUGAAUUAUCUGGGGUUGUUAUCCCAAGUUAUCUGGGGUUGUUAUCCCGAGUUAUCCGGGGUUGUUAUCCCGAAUUAUCUGGGGUUGUUAUCCCAAAUUAUCUGGGAUUGUUAUCCCAAGUUAUCCAGGGUUGUUAUCCCGAAUUAUCCGGGGUUGUUAUCCCGAAUUAUCUGGGAUUGUUAUCCCCAGUUAUCCGGGGUUGUUAUCCCGAAUUAUCCAGGGUUGUUAUCCCGAAUUAUCUGGGAUUGUUAUCCCGAAUUAUCUGGGAUUGUUAUCCCCAGUUAUCCAGGGUUGUUAUCCCCAGUUAUCCGGGGUUGUUAUCCCGAAUUAUCCAGGGUUGUUAUCCCGAAUUAUCUGGGAUUGUUAUCCCAAGUUAUCCAGGGUUGUUAUCCCAAGUUAUCCGGGGUUGUUAUCCUGAAUUAUCUGGGGUUGUUAUCCCAAGUUAUCUGGGGUUGUUAUCCCGAGUUAUCCGGGGUUGUUAUCCCGAAUUAUCUGGGGUUGUUAUCCUGAAUUAUCCGGGGUUGUUAUCCCGAAUUAUCUGGGGUUGUUAUCCCGAGUUAUCCGGGGUUGGUAUCCCAAAUUAUCCGGGGUUGUUAUCCCAUAUUUUCCCUCCUUGUCCCGGGUUGUUAUCCCAAAUUAUCCCGGGUUGUUAUCCCAUAUU